CCUCCCUCGAGAGGAUGAGGGGAGGGGCCGGAGCUCAGACGCGGCUGAGGCUCACGGGGACUCCGUCGCUCGCUGGGCCCGUCAUGCCCCUGCGCGGGGCGGGCCCAGGCGAGUGCGCUUGCGCCGGGGCUGAACACGUGGCCACUGCGCGGCCGCUCGCCUGCCCGCUGGGAACAGAGAGGGCCGGGCCGGAGCCAGCGCCAUGGCAGGCAGUGGAGCGAGGGCCUCGGUAGGAUCGACAAUGUGCGGCAGCGGUGGCGGCCGGGAGAGGGAAGAGACGGCGGCUGCCGCCUUCUCGCUCCCAGCCUUCGCAGCAGGGGCCCACUGCGCCUUCUCCCCCCACGAGCGGGGCUUGCUGGCGCUCUCCGGGCCGGACGGGCGACUCCGCGUGUGGGAGACGGCCAGCAGCCGCCUGCAGCACGAGUACGUGCCCUCGGCCCACCUCAGCGCCGCCUGCACCUGCUUGGCCUGGGCCCCGUCUUCCAGCAAGGAAGGCCCUCAGCGAAAGAAGAGGAAAUCUGAAGCUGUAGAAGCAGGUGGACAGUUCGAUCUCUUGGCAAUUGGUACUGCAGUUGGCAGCAUUUUAUUAUACAGCACACGAAAAGGAGAAUUACAGAGCAAAUUAAGUGGUCAUGACAGUAAAAUAAACUGUGUACAAUGGCACCAGAACAACAGCUGCUUAUAUAGCUGUUCAGAUGACAAACAUAUUGUGGAAUGGAACACACAGACAUACAAAGUGAAAUGCAAAUGGAAAGGAGAUAACAGCAGUGUGAGCUCAUUGUGCAUCAGUCCAGAUGGAAAGAUGCUUCUUUCAGCUGGUCGAUCUAUCAAGUUGUGGGACCUGGAGACCAAAGAAGUCUACAGACAUUUCACAGGUCAUGCUACAUCAGUUUCAACACUUAUGUUCAUCACAGUACGGCCACCCAAUGAAAGUCAACCUUUUGAUGGCAUUACAGGGCUCUAUUUCUUGUCUGGAGCAGUGCAUGACCGGUUACUCAGUGUGUGGCAGGUGAGAUCAGAAAGGAAAGAAAAAAAUGCUGUCAUGACUUUCACAGUUACAGAUGAACCAAUCCAUAUUGACCUGACGAUAUCGGAAAGCAAAGAGGAGCCAGUGAAGCUAGCAGUUGUAUGCAGAGAUGGACAGUUGCAUCUCUUUGAGCAAGUCUUGAAUGGGUAUUGCAAAAAGCCCUUAACAUCCAACUGUACUAUCCAGAUAGCAACACCAGGAGAGGGGGCAGAUUCCACACCGAAGCCAGUCCCUAUUCUAGCCGCUGCCUUUUGUUCAGAUAAGGAGAACUUGCUAAUUGUGUAUGGCAACUCCUUACAGCCUGUCAUUGAGAAAGUGUCUUUGAAUUCUACAGAAUCGCACAUAUGCUUAGUAAGGGAUGUUCGGAGGACUCUGGCACUUAAAACAGAAAUGGCUGUAACAAAGGUAAAAACUCCGAUGGUGAACUCUGAAGUCAAAACACUACUGCCUGGGAUUCCAGGGCAUAGUGCCGCUAUCCAGUCGUCAUCUUGCAAAGAGAUAAUUGAAACCAAACGGAAGGCAGGUGGCAAAGAGGAGAGUAUUGAAGACCGCCUUGGUGCAAUGGAUAUUGAUGUGAUGAAAGUGAAAUCCUCAUCAGGAGGCCUUCCACAGACUGACAACUUUGCAGUGCUUUUAGUUCAAGGGUUGGAAAGCAACGAUCCCGAGAUCCUAAAUAAAGUGCUCCAAAUCAAGAAGGAAGCAAUGAUAAAGAAAACCAUAGCCAGAAUGCCUGUAUAUGCUGUCAUUCCACUGCUGCAUGAGCUCACAAAAAGGUUGCAAGGUCACCCUUACAGUGCCUUACAAAUGGUCCGCUGGCUGAAGUCUGUGUUAACUAUACAUGCAUCCUAUCUUUCAACGUUGCCAGAUCUAGUUCCACAGUUGGGAAUGUUAUAUCAGUUAAUGGAGAGCAGAGUGAAGACUUUGCAGAAACUCUCUCGCUUACAUGGGAAACUCUAUCUCCUUAUCACCCAGGUUGCUGCACUAGAACAGGCUCAGGAUGCAACUGCUGUUAAUCAGACUGCAAAGCUGGUGUAUGAAGAAGAAUCAUCAGAAGAAGGUUCAGAUGAUGAAAUGGCUGCAGAAAAAGAUUCAGAUGACAACUGGGAUGAAGAUGAUGAGAGAGAGGAUGGUGAGGACAGAGAAGAACAAUCAGAUGACGAACAAGAAAGGGCUGUAGAAAAAGAAAUCAAUGGAGACUCUGAUUUGGACCCAGAAAAUGAAAGUGAAGAAGAAUAACACAUACUUUUAAAAAGAAACAAAGUCUAUUAAAAAGAGCUGGCCACCAAAACGUCUUGAUUUCUGGAUUGCCAUGCUGAAAGCCGCUUGCAUCACACAAGGAAGUGCAGACUCAAUAGGUGGCCAAUGUGUGCGAGGGCACGUUGGGAUGCUGUAUUUCCAAACCCAGAAUGUGUAACCAUCUGCCUUGUUCCUCUGCCCAAUACUUCCUGGGGAUCACAAUGAAACAUGUUUCUUGUGUGUAGUAGGCCAACUAGUCCCAUUACCUGAAAGUUCGUUUUUGCAUCUGUUGAAAUAGUUUUACCAAAAGACUCUUUGGGUGGUAAACUUCUUGCAGCUACAUUUUAUCUGUUCCAGAUUCCGAUGGAUUGACGACCACUUCUUAACCUCUUUUAGUUAAAUACUUUCCAGUUGGCAUCUUGCUCUGUUCUUUGAAAGAGAAGAAAUAUUUUUGUAAGACUUAAAAACUUACCAUUCAGUUUCUUGAUAGUUCUCCCCUCACCCUACUUCCGUUCCCAUAACAGAAUCAUUCAUGCCUUGGCAAUGAUACCAUUCCAGCCAGGCUGUAAGCAGCGUUUUCUUCUUACAACCAAACUGACUUUUUAUAUGUAUGUAUAAAUCAGUCACUUUUCUUGUACUUAAAAAAAAAUAAAUUACUCAUUGGUGGUUCCUAACCUUUUGUUUUAAUUGAGCUUGUGUAUAUAUGAGUUUAAUGCUGAACCAGAGAGAGUUCAUCUUUGGAAGGGUAAAAUUUAAAAAUAAUGGAAGGGAGGGCAAAUGCUUGUGAAUAUGUAACACAAAGCAUAUACAUUUAUUAUGAAUUUUUAAUCUUAGGAGCGGAACUGGGGUUGCUAUUAGCUCAGUUAAACUGAAGUGGUAUGAACAGUUUUUAAGAACAAGAUUGGGUACACAUUUUGAGCCAUUCACCAGUAUAAUGUACAGUUAUAUUUGUCUAUAAUUGGAGCUGUUGCAACCAAAUAAUGCCCUCUUUGUAAAGUGAAUAAAUAUACAUCACCUUUA